AUGGAGGAUUGUUGUGAUCAAUGGCACGAUCCACUUCUCGCAACUGUUGCUUCUCCUCCCUCUCAAAAAGCUACAGUAUCGAGCUCAAGGAUUAUGACAAUGGCAGAUCUGGAUUCAAACUGUGAAUCGAGUAACGAUGUUCAUAUGGAACAAUCAAGCCCCGAAUUGAUGAAAUUGAAACAAUCUAGAGAUCAAGUUGAUGAAGAAGCGUUAGAUGGUAAACUCGUGUUAGGGUUUUCUCUAACAUCACCUGAUCUAGUAAAUUGUGGCGUUUCACCUGAUAUUCCGAGAGGUAGCUAUGGAGAUUCGCCAGAAUUUGCUCAGAAAAGCAGAUUUUCCACUGAGCUUUCUCUAGAGAAUGGAAUCGAUGGUCCUGUUACUAGAGAUGGGCGUAAGACUCCAGCUGUGAAGUUCUCAGCGAUCUGUCAAACGUUCGGAUUCGAGUUGUCUCCUGAGUCUUCAUUUGAGUUACCUUCUCCACCUCGAAACUUUCGGGAGUGUACAACUCCUGUAAUUAGUAUUAACUCGGGUUCUACAAGCACGGAUGUGACUGUGGCUGAUGUAACUUUCUUGAAGGAUGAUUGUUUCAGUGGCGGUGAAACUAUUUCGACUGAUGCUGCUGUUGGCAAUGAAGACGAGAUUCUGUUGUAUCAAACAGCUCGACUUGGUAAUUUCGCUUACAAGUUUCAGUCAUUGGAGCCAGGGGAUUACUUCAUUGACCUGCAUUUUGCUGAAAUCGAGUUCACUAAAGGUCCACCGGGAGUUAGAGUUUUCGAUAUAUUCAUUCAAGGAGCAAAGGUCAUAUCCGGUCUAGAUUUGUUUUCGCAAGUAGGUGCAAAUACACCACUUGUGAUAGCUGAUCUAAGGAUGCUCGUUGGUCAGGAAGGAGAGUUAUCUAUACGAUUAGAAGGAGUGACAGGAACUGCAAUUCUAUGCGGCAUUUCUAUUAGGAAAGAGGCAACGGCUACUUAUGCCGAAGAUACUGGAAUGCUAGCAGUCAGAGGGAAAACUGACACUGUUCUCUCCCAGCCACCUCAAGAAAUUGUUGACUGCAGGAUAGAAGACGAGACCCAAGAAAUGAGGAAUGACAGUGAGCAGCAGCAGAAAGAGAUGGCGGACAUGAAGAGAAUGGUUGAAGAACUUAAAAAAGAGAAUCAAAGAAAGAGUAGAGAAUGUGAAGAAGCAUUGAAUUCUCUCCAUGAGCUUCAAAAUGAGUUAAUGCGCAAGUCGAUGCAUGUUGGUUCUUUGGCCUUUGCUGUCGAGGGACAAGUCAAAGAGAAGAGCAGAUGGUUCUCUUCAUUAAGAGAUUUGACAAGAAAACUGAAGAUCAUGAAAAUGGAGCAAAUUAAGCUGUUGGAGGAGGCAUCCACAUACAAAUUGCUGGUCCAAGAUAUCAACGAGUUCAGCUCUUACAUUCAGUCCAGAAUAAAGCAGGACGCAGAAAUGCAUGAAAAUCUCAAAGUCAAAUUUGUAGCGGGAGAAAAAGAAAGGAAGGAACUGUACAACAAGAUACUAGAGCUAAAAGGAAACAUCAGGGUCUUUUGCAGGUGUAGGCCCCUAAACUUUGAAGAAAUUGAAGCAGGAUUAUCCAUGGGAAUUGAUGUUGAGUCAACCAAAAGUGGGGAGGUCAUAGUCAUGUCAAAUGGGUUUCCCAAAAAAAGCUUCAAGUUCGAUUCUGUUUUUGGUCCUAACGCUUCCCAAGCUGAUGUUUUCGAAGAUACUGCUCCUUUUGCUACGUCAGUCAUUGAUGGAUACAACGUUUGCAUCUUCGCCUACGGUCAGACUGGAACUGGUAAAACUUUUACCAUGGAGGGAACUCAAGAUGAUCGUGGAGUAAACUAUAGAACACUGAAAAAUCUGUUUCAAAUAAUUAAAGAACGAGAAAACCGCUACAAUUAUGAGAUCUCGGUCAGUGUUUUGGAAGUUUACAAUGAGCAAAUAAGAGAUUUGUUGGUCCCAGCUUCACAAAAUGCAACUGCGCCGAAAAGAUUUGAGAUAAGGCAAGUGGGUGAAGGGAGCCACCAUGUACCAGGAUUGGUUGAAGCACGCGUGAAAACCAUAGAAGAGGUUUGGGAUGUGUUGAAAACAGGAAGUAAUGCAAGGGCUGUUGGGAAAACGUCGGCUAAUGAGCACAGCAGCCGAUCUCACUGUAUUCACUGCGUGAUGGUGAAAGGAGAGAAUUUGUUGAAUGGGGAAUGUACAAAGAGCAAACUAUGGUUAGUUGAUUUAGCAGGAAGCGAACGGGUUGCAAAGACUGAAGUUCAAGGAGAACGGCUCAAGGAGACCCAAAACAUCAAUAAAUCAUUAUCUGCUCUUGGUGAUGUCAUAUUCGCUCUUGCCAACAAAAGCUCUCACAUUCCUUUCAGAAAUUCAAAGCUCACACAUUUGCUUCAGGAUUCUCUAGGAGGAGACUCGAAGACCCUCAUGUUCGUACAAAUCAGUCCUAACGAGAAUGACCUCAGCGAAACGCUAUGCUCACUGAAUUUUGCUAGCAGAGUGAAAGGGAUAGAGUUGGGGCCUGCAAAGAAGCAGCUAGACAAUACUGAACUCUUGAAAUACAAGCAAAUGGUUGAAAAAUGGAAGCAAGAUAUGAAAGGAAAAGACGAACAGAUGAAGAAAAUGGAGGAAACGAUGUUCGGUUUAGAAGCAAAGAUUAAGGAACGAGACACUAAGAACAAAACCCUUCAAGACAAGAUUAAAGAACUUGAAUCGCAACUGCUGGUAGAGAGAAAGCUGGCUCGUCAACAUGUAGACACCAAGAUCGCUGAGCAGCAGACGAAACAGCAGAACGAAGAUGAAAACAACACUUCAAAGAGGCCACCACUAGCAAACAUACUUUUGGGAAGCAACAAGACCUCAAAUGAAACAUCAACUUCGAAAGAAACGGUGAAUCUAACUCGACCAUCGCUCUCGGAGAGCAUCACCACGAGCUAUGAUCUACCUCCUUUACCAAACGGUGGCGUCAAGUACAAUAACCUCAUUGAGAAAGAAAAUAAUCCAGAAAUGGCUGACCGAUUGCAAAUACCCAAGAGAACAGGAAGAUUCUCUAUCUGCGCAAAACGUAUUCAACCAGCUCCAGUUCCAAGAAGGAGUUCUCUUGCUCCAAUGCCAUUCCUCCCAAUCACAUCAACUUCGCCAUUAAGGCCACCACGCCAAGCUAUUACAAACUCGCCAGACAAAAAGAGCGGCACUAACCAAGUCCUCUGCAUCAGCCCUAAGUUGCAUAGAAGUAACGCGAAGACUUUGAGCAGCAUACUAAGACGAAGCAUACACAAGAGAAUGCAAACGAAAUCUUCCCCGAGACAGCAACCAUUGCGAAGAGUAGGCAUUAAUGUCGGAACGGAGAAAGUUAGGUUGUCUAUAGGAAGCAGAGGAAGGUUAGCUCACAGAGUUCUGUUAACUAAUGCUCGUAAAGCUGGUCUAAAAGAGACACCACUGAAACAAACACAGAAAGAGAAAGAGAGAUGGGUCUGA